CGUCGAUCCACCGCAGCCUUCUGCUUGACUGGAGGUGUACUCGCGGCAUCCUUGGCUGCGAUCUUUAUUACAGUGGACUGACCUGCAGUUGAUUGGCUUUGGAUGGUCAAUCACCGUGCCAGCCUGCUCAUACUCCCUAAUCGAUCUCCUAGAAUACAUACCAACUCGACAAUGGCUACCAACGCAGUUGCUCUCGCCUGGAGAUCCGCAGGCCGGAGAACUCCUGCUCUUCCCUCUCUUCGCGCCACUCAACGGCCGUCCAUCCUCCACCGGGAUUCGCUCCUCCGUCAAGUCCGCUACUCCUCGGAGGCGGCAUCUCAGACCAAAGAAGCAGCCAAGGAAACCGCCGCACAGGUUACGGAAACGGUGAAGGAGACCCCUAAGAAGGCCGGGCGUAAGCUCAAGCGGACUGUCCUGGGCACCUCCCUCGCCCUCACCCUCCUUGCUGGCUACAUCUACGGGACGGACACCAGGGCUAGUGUGCACCGGUACGGUGUCGUUCCCCUGGUCAGACUGCUCUACCCUGAUGCUGAAGAUGCGCACCACUUCGGAGUGGACAUCCUGAAGACGCUGUACAAGUAUGGCCUGAACCCGCGGGAGCGCGGCGACCCGGAUGGUGAUGGCUCGCUUGUGACUGAGGUCUUCGGCUACACCCUCUCCAACCCCAUUGGUAUCUCUGGCGGACUCGACAAGCACGCCGAGAUCCCCGAUCCCCUCUUCGAAAUUGGGCCUGCUAUUGUUGAAGUCGGCGGCACGACUCCUCUCCCCCAAGAGGGUAAUCCCCGUCCGCGCGUGUUCCGUCUGCCCUCUCAGAAGGCCAUGAUCAACCGCUACGGCCUCAACUCCAAGGGCGCGGCCCACAUGGCUGCUGUUCUUGAGCAACGUGUUCGCGACUUUGCCUACGCCAACGGCUUCGGUGAGCACGAACUCGCCGAACAGCGCGUGUUGAACGGUGAGGCCGGUGUUCCCCCGGGCAGUCUCCGUGAGGGCAAGCUCCUGGCCGUCCAGGUGGCCAAGAACAAGGCGACACCGGACUCGGACAUUGAAGCCAUCAAGCGUGACUACGUGUACUGCGUGGACCGACUUGCCAAAUACGCCGACAUCCUCGUCGUCAACGUCUCCAGCCCCAACACCCCCGGUCUGCGCGAUCUCCAAGCCGCAGCCCCGCUGACUGCCAUCCUGAAGGCCGUUGUCGGCGCCGCCAAGAGCGUCGACCGGAAGACCAAGCCAUUCGUCAUGGUCAAGGUCAGCCCGGACGAGGACUCUGACGAGCAGGUCUCCGGUAUCUGUGAAGCUGUCUGGGGUUCUGGCGUCGACGGUGUGAUUGUCGGUAACACGACCAACCGCCGUCCCGACCCGUUGCCCAAGGGAUUCACCCUCCCCUCGAAGGAGCAGACUGCCCUGAAGGAGACGGGCGGAUACUCUGGUCCUCAGCUGUUCGACCGCACCGUUUCCCUGGUGUCUCGCUACCGCUCCCUCCUGGAUGCCACCGCCCCAACCACGCCUAAGGUGAUUGAAGCGCAGGAAGCAUCCGCCACGGCGACCCAGGUCGAGCCCGACGUCGAGAACCUCCCCCCGGUUGAAGCUCCCAGCGCGUCAGAGGUGCUUCCUCGGAAGGUGCUCUUCGCCUCGGGCGGCAUCACCAACGGCCAGCAGGCCAAGGCAGUGUUGAACGCGGGCGCGUCCGUCGCGAUGAUGUACACGGCGAUCACCUACGGGGGUAUGGGCACCGUCACCCGCGUGAAGGACGAGCUGCGCAAGGAGCAGCAGUAGAUGCACAACGAGCUAAGUAACCAAAAGGAGUGACCGGUCGAUGAUGUAGGGAGUAUAGGACGUAGAUGGGACAUUGUAAAUAGAAGUGUUAUUGACUCAUAGUGGAUGACAUAAAAU